AUGGCUUUCCAACCAGGUUCAAGAGGCGGUAGAGGCGGCGCAAGAGGCGGCGCAAGAGGCGGUGCCAGAGGCGGCCGCGGUGGUUUCGGCGGACGCGGCGGUUCCAGAGGUGGCCGCGGCGGUUUCGACAGCCGCGGCGGUGCCCGUGGCGGCUUCGGCGGCCGUGGCGGCUCCAGAGGCGGCCCUCGUGGUGGCCCUCGCGGCGGUGCCAGAGGCGGUCGCGGCGGGGCUCGCGGCGGUGCCAAGGGCGGCGCCAAGGUUGUGAUCGAGCCGCACAAGCACGCGGGUGUGUUCAUUGCCAGGGGCAAGGAGGACUUGCUGGUGACGAAGAACGUUGCGCCAGGCGAGUCUGUGUACGGCGAGAAGCGGAUCUCCGUCGAGGAGCCUGCAUCCGAGGAGGGCGUGCCUCCUACGAAGGUCGAGUACCGUGUCUGGAACCCCUUCAGAUCCAAGCUUGCCGCUGGUAUCAUGGGUGGUCUAGACGAGCUCUUCAUUGCGCCAGGCAAGAAGGUGCUCUACUUGGGUGCUGCCUCCGGUACCUCCGUCUCGCACGUUGCCGACGUCGUUGGCCCCGAGGGUCUUGUCUACGCUGUCGAGUUCUCCCACAGACCGGGCAGAGAGCUGAUCUCCAUGGCCAAGAAGAGACCUAACGUCAUCCCAAUCAUUGAGGACGCUAGACACCCCCAGAAGUACAGAAUGCUGAUCGGAAUGGUCGACGCCGUCUUUGCUGACGUUGCUCAGCCCGACCAGGCCCGUAUCAUCGCCCUCAACUCCCACAUGUUCCUAAAGGACCAGGGUGGUGUUGUCAUCUCCAUCAAGGCCAACUGUAUCGACUCCACCGUCGACGCCGAGACCGUGUUCGCUAGAGAGGUCCAGAAGCUCAGAGAAGAGAAGAUCAAGCCAUUGGAGCAGCUAACCCUGGAGCCCUACGAAAGAGACCACUGUAUCGUCAUUGGCAGAUACAUGAGAAGCGGCUUGUAG